AUGUCAUCUCCUCAAAUCAAGGUACUCAUAUUGCGAUCUCAUAUAGGUGGAAAGAAGGCUUGGAGCGAUAUGGCGGAACGGGCGAAUACUUUAGGGCAUUUUUCACUGAGUAUGGAAUACUUGAUGGACUCAACUUUUACAUACUCAGACCUUGUCAGAAUUAUGCCAGACGUCAUUGUUUGUUCGGACACCGCAGGUGCACCUGGUUACUUCUCUGUUGACGAAACCAUCGCUUUGAAGCGAUUCUUAACUAAAAUACCAUGCAGAGGUAUUCUUGGGACAUAUGCAUGUUUCUAUCAUACUGAAGGAUCGAUGGGGUCAUUUAGAGUCUUUGAUAAUAGACAGAUCGCACCGCUCUUCGGUCUUGAUGAGACGAUGACAUUCACUUCAGUGAAAAUUGGGGAAGAUACCAUUCACGAGGAAAAGAAGGGAACUGCAUUGUUCAACAAAUUGGGGGACAAACAUACAAUACUCGGUUAUAAGUCGUCGAAAGUGCCAAAAGGAGGGUCGUGGGUUGUUGAUGGAAAAAUAGUAGGAGCAAAAGACAGUGUUCAAUUGGUCGCGAGUAAUGACGAUCAUAAAAGUGUUGUGUUGCUUUAUAAAAACGAGUUUUAUAGUGCUUUGUAUAUUAGCUCUAUGCCAGAAUUCGGUUCCACCAAAAACACGCCCGAUGUACAACUACUCUACAAUUCCAUCGUGACAUUAUUUGAAUGUGCCAAACUGAAAAACCUCUUCACGUUGUGCUUGAAAAGCAUUUCAGAGCACCAAAAAGAGAUUGACGCAAAUUUUUUGUCGACAGACUUCUUGGAACAGUUCCCGAACUUUGUGAGAGACUCCAUUGUUUCAAUCAUUUUGUCAAAACCAAAUGCCAAUUUGAAGAUGUUUAACAUAACGAGGAUUGACUGCAGCAACACCACACUCGCCAGCCCUGUCCGCUCGGUGUCUAUUUAA